UGCGUCCGGCGGUUGCAGCCGGCGGUUCGCGUCCUGGUUGGGUUCCCCGGGUCCGCCUCCCUCUCGUUGGUCGGCCUGCCUCCCUCUUCAUGGGCCUGGAGCUCUACCUGGACCUGCUGUGCCAGCCCUGCCGCGCCGUCUACAUCUUCGCCAAGAAGAUCGGCGUCCCCUUCGAGCUGCGCACCGUGGAGGUGCUCAAAGGUCAGCACAACAGCGAUGACUUUGCCCAGGUGAACCCCCUGAGGAAGGUGCCAGCCUUGAAGGAUGGGGACUUCACCCUGGCCGAGAGUGUGGCCAUCCUGCUGUAUCUUAGCCGGAAGUAUGAGGCCCCUGACCACUGGUACCCCCAGGACCUGGAAGCCUGCGCCCGUGUGGACGAGUACUUGGCAUGGCAGCACACGGCUCUGCGGAGCAGCUGCUCCCUGGUCAUGUGGCAGAAGAUGAUGCUCCCUGUGUUCCUUGGCGAACGGGUGCCCCCCGAGACCUUGGCAUCUACUCUGGCCGAGCUGGACAGGUGCCUGCAGCUGCUUGAGGACAAGUUCCUGAAGGACGACAACUUCCUCACGGGGCCCUGCAUCUCCGUGGCUGACUUGGUGGCCAUCACAGAGCUGAUGCACCCUGUCAGCGCCGGCUGCCACGUCUUCAAAACCCGCCCCAAGCUGGCGGCCUGGCGCCAGCGCGUGGAGGCAGCGGUCGGGGAGGACCUCUUCCAGGAGGCCCACGAGGUGGUCAUGAAGGCCAAGGACCUGCCGCCAGUGGACACUGCCAUGAAGGACAAGCUGAAGCCCUUGGUGCAGGUUUUGUUGUAGUGAGAAGGGGCGGGCCUGCAGCCGAUGUGGAGACUGGUGUCAAAAUAAAGAGAUGGAGCUGCCCCUCUCCUUGGC